AUCGGCCCACCGCGCCCCGCGAGGUCUGCCGAGGCGCCUUAGCCGCGGCCGCGGUGUGGGACCCGGGGCGGGAGCGGCGGCGGCGAGCAGCGCGGCGGCGGUCAUGACGGAGGGCACGUGCCUGCGCCGCCGGGGCGGCCCCCACAGGACGGAGCCGGCGACCGACCUCCGCCGCUGGCGCCUGCGCAGCGAGCGCGGCCGGCAGACGUGGACGUACCUGGCGCGGGAGGAGGAGCCGGGCCGCGGGCCCACCGCGCUGGAGGCGCACGCGCUGGGGCUGGACCCGGGGAGUCCCUUGCAGGCCUGGCCCAAAGCGGACACCGCGCGGGCAGCGGCUCUGAACGGGAUCGCGUUCUACGUGGGGCUGCAGGCCGAGGACGGGCACUGGGCCGGGGACUACGGCGGCCCGCUCUUCCUCCUGCCGGGCCUCCUGAUCACCUGCUACGUGGCCCAGAUCCCUUUGCCCGCGGGCUGCAGAGAAGAGAUGGUGCGGUACCUGCGGUCAGUGCAGCUCCCCGACGGCGGCUGGGGCCUGCACGUGGAGGGUGAGUCCACGGUGUUCGGGACUGCACUCAACUAUGUGUCUCUGAGAAUCCUGGGUGUCGGGCCUGAUGAUCCCGACUUGGUACGCGCCCGGAACCUUCUUCACAAGAAAGGUGGUGCUCUGCUCAUCCCUUCCUGGGGGAAGUUCUGGUUGGCUGUCCUGAACGUUUACAGCUGGGAAGGCCUCAACACUCUGUUCCCGGAGAUGUGGCUGUUUCCUGACUGGGUCCCCGCGCACCCCUCCACGCUCUGGUGCCAUUGCCGACAGGUUUACCUGCCCAUGAGCUACUGCUACGCCAUCCGGCUGAGCGCAAAGGAGGACCCGCUGAUCGAGAGCCUCCGCCAGGAGCUCUACGUGGAGGACUACGCGGGCAUCGACUGGCCGGCGCACAGGAGCAGCGUGGCCCCCGAGGAUCUGUACACGCCGCACAGCCGGCUGCUCCGCGUGGUGUACGCAUUACUCAACCUGUACGAGCGCCACCACAGCACCAGCCUGCGGCAGCGGGCCGUCCAGAAGCUGUACGAGCACAUCGUGGCAGACGACCGCUUCUCCAAGUGCCUCAGCAUUGGCCCGAUCUCGAAAACCAUCAACAUGCUUGUGCGCUGGCAUGUGGAUGGGCCGGCCUCUUCCGUCUUCCGGGAGCACAUCUCCAGGAUUCCUGAUUACCUCUGGCUGGGUCUCGACGGCAUGAAAAUGCAGGGCACCAAUGGCUCGCAGGUGUGGGACACCUCAUUUGCCAUCCAGGCUCUGCUGGAGGCGGGAGCACAGCACAGGCCCGAGUUUUCGUCUGCCCUGCAGCAGGCGCACGCGUUUCUCCGACUCUCACAGGUCCCAGACAACCCUCCUGACUACCAGAAGUACUACCGCCAGAUGAGCAAGGGGGGCUUCCCUUUCAGCACGCUGGAUUGUGGCUGGAUUGUUGCCGACUGCACCGCGGAGGCCUUGAAGUCCAUCCUUCUCCUGCAGGAAACGUGUCCCUUUGUCACCAAGCACGUCACGCGUGAGCGGCUCUGUGACGCCGUUGCUGUGUUGCUGAAUAUGAGGAAUUCUGAUGGAGGGUUUGCCACCUAUGAAACUAAGCGUGGGGGGCACUUGCUGGAGCUGCUGAACCCCUCGGAGGUCUUUGGGGACAUCAUGAUCGACUACACGUACGUGGAGUGCACCUCGGCCGUGAUGCAGGCACUGAAGCUUUUCCACGAGCGCUUCCCAGACCACAGGGUCGAGGAGGUCAGGGAGACGCUCGAGCAGGGCCUGGAGUUCUGUCGGCAGAAGCAGCGGGCCGAUGGCUCCUGGGAAGGCUCCUGGGGGGUUUGCUUCACCUACGGCACCUGGUUUGGGCUGGAAGCUUUCGCCUGCAUGGGGCAGACUUACCGCAGCGGGGCUGUGUGCGCGGCGGUCUCCCAGGCCUGCGACUUCCUGCUCUCCAGGCAGAUGGCGGAUGGCGGCUGGGGGGAGGACUUCGAGUCCUGCGAGCAGCGGCGCUACGUGCAGAGCGCCACGUCUCAGAUCCAUAACACGUGCUGGGCCCUGAUGGGGCUGAUGGCCGUCAGGCACCCCUGCGUGGAGGCCCUGGAGAGAGGAGUCAGCUGUCUGCUUCGGAAGCAGCUCCCCAGUGGCGACUGGCCCCAGGAGAACAUCGCUGGCGUCUUCAACAAGUCCUGUGCCAUCAACUACACGAGCUACAGGAACGUCUUCCCCAUCUGGGCCCUUGGCCGCUUCUCCCGCCUCUACCCUGAGAGUGCCCUCGCUGGCCAGCCUUGAGGGCCCCCGGCGCAUGGGCGGGUGGGGGUGGCGCAUGGGUGGGGCUUCCAAGCGGCCGCCGGCACGCGCGUUCCCGUUGGGGCAGCUCGGGCUGCAGGAGCCCCGCCUGGGUGCCCAGUGCCCGUCACCACCCACCUCUGCAGGGCGGGAUGGGGCUGGGGCUGGUGCCUUUAGACACCUGAUCCUCAGGACAGGUUUAGUUAGAGAAGCUUGGGGAGCUCGGGUGAGGAUGGGGACAAGCUGUGCUGUGGCCCUGGGGAGGCCUGGCACAUUCUCCGGGCACGGCGCAUGUCCUCUCUGUGGGGCUGGGGCGCUUUCUUGACCGAUAUCUGAGUUCUUGGGAGAGGGGAAUGGUGCCUCGACUGCCUUCUGCCAGGUGCUGCCCAGGAGCCAGCUCGGCUGGGCCUGUCCCUGUGUCUUCUGUCUGUGGGGCUGAGGGAUGCGGCAGCUUUUCUGGACAGUCCAGCGGGAGGUUGGUUCUCCCCGUUCACCUGGACGCCCGCGCUCAGGAAGGAACGGAGACUAGACUUGCCACGUGUCUGCCUGUCACAGGGGAGCCAGACGUGCCGCCAGCCGUGGGGCCUCGUCGUGCUGCUGGUUGUGGGCGCCAGCAUCCUUCUCCGUAGCGUCCGGGGCUGACAGAGGCACAGGCGGGAGGCCCAGCAUGAUGGGCGACGAGUGUCUGCGUGCUUGGGAGGCUACCACCGUGGGCCACUGCCGCGUGCCGGGGACAGCGGAGCAGUCUGCAUAGCCGGCUGGACAGGCCUGACGCCGUAGGGCACCCUAAUGCCUGCUGCCGAUCCUCAUGUCCUGGUCUGUGCUCUGAGCAGAAGUGAGGGCCGUGUUUCUAAGGCAAUGCCUUUUCGGUGCUAAACUUCUGAAUUCCCUCUGGCUCUAAAUCUGUUUGGUGGGAUGUACGUGGAUGUGGGGCUCAGGGUGAGAAACCCAGGUUCUGGCUUUGCCUUUGACCUUGAGAAUAAGUGGCUCAUGUGCUCAGGGCCUCCCCAGGACUGUAGCCACAUGGAGUCACCAGGAGCUUUGAUGACAGUAAAAGCCAGGCCUGGUGUUGCUCCUGGGCUCAGCCUGCUCGCCCACGCCCGGGCCCCCUCGCCCGCUGCUCCUCUGUUCCGCCUCCCCGACUGGCAGCGACCCCUGGCCUGCUCCCUCGGGUGGCCGUCCUGCAUCAGACAGCCGGGUGUCUGCGUGCACCCCCGCUCCUGCCGUUCCCGGCUGAGGUCCCUGGAGGACCCUCACGGAGACUUUGCUCCGUGUGGCCUUGGCGCCGCGGCUCUCGUGGCCUUGUGUGCUGGCCGUGGCUCUGCCUGGGGCUCAUCUGUUCUGGGCCUUGGUCUAAGCUGUUCCUCCGCAGACCUUCUCUGGCCCCAAGGUGGUGGUUCUGCUCGGAGCCCUCUGGGGCUGGGUUGUAUGUCCACGUAGAAGGCUCCGCUGGCUGCCACGCCGCGUGGCACGUAGCUGGUGUUCUGUGGAUGCCCGCCGAGCAUCACCCCUUCUCCGCGGCGGUUUACACGAACGCUGCUUUUGGCUGAAGGAACUGUUGGGGUCGCUCUGAAAUCUGUUGGGUUUGCUCCCGCGCUUCUUUGCUUGGCCCACGUUCUCCCCGCGCUGGGGCAGCCGGAGCCCGGGUGGUGAUUGGUCCGUCUGCUCCUCGAAGUGGCCACUGCCCUCGGGAGGCUCCUGGCCACGUCCAGAGCAGAGCGCCAGACAACAUAGGGAGUGAAAAAUCGGCUCUUCCGCUAAAAAUGGUGUCGCUUCUGUGGCCACCUGCCUUAAUAAACAGACACGUCAUUCCCUUGUGUUGUGUCUUCUGCUGGGAACAGUCACAGAUCCGGGGUUUUCUGAGACCACUUGGGCACCAUGUUGGACGCUGGGCCGCCACCUCCUCAGUUUCAGGGGUAGGAGUAGCUGCUUCACGGUGAGUGGGCGCAUCUCCAUGACCUGAGGGGAAAUUGUGUGCCUCAGCCUCAUUAAAAACCAAGUUCUCGACAAAACACGCAUAAACACAGACUGAACCGGUGGGUCCCAGAGGGGAAAGGGUGGAGGACGAGGGGCGUAGGGAAGGGGUUUAAGAGGACGGACUUCCGGUUGUGAACUGUGUAGCUCAGCGGUGGAAAGUGCCGCGUGGCCAGUACAGCCGGUGACCCCGCAGCCCCGGCGUGUGGGGACAGGCGGGGACAGCGCUUCGCGUGGGGGACACUGGGCAGCGCAGCCAGCUGCGAGUCACUGCUGUAGGCCUGGUGUCGGCAGUCCUUCCGAUCAAACAGAAUCAAGUUCUUUUCGGGGCAAAUCAUUGAAGAUGUCUGAACUCAAAUUAUUUUGGUUCCGGGACACAUACUUGGAGUAUCGUGCUGGGAGGGUCUUGCUGGACCCAUGUCAGGAUUUGUGUGUUCAUGCUGGGACUUCAUACCUUCCCCUGGUGGAAUUCUCUAACUGGAAAUCCUUAAUUCACAGUGGAAAUUGAGAAAGUAUUUUCCUUACUAGACAGAAUCAACAUUGCUACGUAUACCUGUUUCCUAAUUGGGCAAUAAAAUGUGUCAGAGAUUAA